GAAGCAUUGCACWUCAUCAUCUCUUUGUAGCAGUACCACACAAGUUGCAGCACCAGUCAUGAAGACUCAACUGAUCCUAGUUCUCUGUAUUCCUGCUCUGGUGUUUGGAUCUUCCUUACCUGAGUGGUUCGAAGAAGAAGACUAUGAUGUUCCACCAGUUAAUGGACAACAAGAAGACCAAGGUGAAGUAUCCAAAAGGACUGAAAAUGUAACGCAAGCAUUGUUUGGACCUGAUCAUAAGCCAUACUGGUGUGGAUCGGCUAACCGUGAAUUGCUCAGCCACUACGUGACCAAAAAGGAGUGCAAGAUCUUGUGCCUGMAAAAGUGUGGAUGCAAUGCUAUCGAGUGGUGGGGAAAGUACAACUUUGCCUGCUUUUGGUGUAAGGCGCCUGACAAGAAAGUWGUUUACGGGUACACCAAUGAUCUCGCAUAUCCACCCCACGUGAUAGAGCGCACUCCAAGCUGUGGUACAAAGUGAUGUUGUGUCAAGUCUCCUCACUGUCAACAAUUUAUUAAUACCAUAUCUAUAUUAAAUGUUAUAAAAUAAUACAAAAUAACAACUGUGACUAACAUUCUAUCAACAAUGAAUAAAUUCAAUUCAAAAUCUA